AUUAAACAUUUAUGGUGUAAGAUAUAUACCCCACCCCUCCUUCGUGUGUGUUUUAUCUCCCUAUAUAUACAGAUACACGAAGGAAUCCACCAAAAACACCCAUAACCAUUACAACCAUUUCCAUCUCUCUCUCUCUCUAUCUCUAUCCUCUCUUCACUAUUCUAUCUACACAUCUCCAUCCACUAUCUCUCUCUCUUUCUGUACCAAUACAACUGAUCAAAAGCUGUUGAAAGGGAUAUCUCUAUACAUAUAUACGGUUAGGGAGAGAGAAAGAAGAGGGAACCGGUUGUGAAGUUUAAAAAUGGGGGCCGAUGGAUUUGGAGGGAUGAGUUAUUAUGUGGGAAUUUUUCUGGGAUUAAUGUUGAUUCUUAAAUGGGUUUUGAAGAGUGUGAAUAUAUGGAUUUAUGAGAGGAAUUUGGAGAAGAAGAAGAGGGAGUGUCUGCCACCAGGUGAUAUGGGUUGGCCGUUCAUCGGAAACAUGUGGUCUUUCCUCAGAGCUUUCAAGUCUAAUGAUCCUGAUGCCUUCAUCUCCACUUUCCUUCGCAGAUUUGGGUCUAGGGGUUUAUAUAAGUCGUUUAUGUUUGGUAGCCCUAGCAUCAUCGUGACUGUUCCCGAAGCAUGUCGGAAAGUAUUGUUUGAUGACGAAGCAUUCCAGCCAGGGUGGCCAACUGCCACCCGGGAACUCAUCGGAAAAAAAUCAUUUAUUGGAAUUUCGUACGAAGAUCAUAAAAGGCUUCGUAAGUUGACUGCAGCACCAGUAAACGGACACGAAGCCUUGUCUACAUACAUGCAGUACAUUGAGACCAAUGUGGUCUUAGCAUUGGAGAAAUGGUCAAAAAUGGGGCGGAUUGAGUUCCUCACCCACCUGCGAAAGCUAACUUUUCAGAUAAUCAUGCACAUUUUCCUUAGCACUGAGAGCGAACACGUAAUGGAUGCAUUGGAGAAAGAGUACACUGUGCUUAACUACGGCGUUAGAGCUAUGGCCAUUAAUAUUCCUGGUUUUGCAUAUUAUAAUGCACUUAAGGCGCGGAAGAACCUUGUGGCCAUUUUGCAAACGGUUGUACAUGAACGUAGGAAGAAACGAGAGGCAAACGAAGGGAUGUCCAAGAAAGACAUGCUUGAUGCUCUCCUGGACACUACAGACGAGAAAGGAAGAAAACUAGAUGAUGAGGAAAUAAUCGAUACAUUAGUUAUGUACCUAAACGCGGGCCAUGAAUCUUCGGGACACAUCACGAUGUGGUCUACCAUUCUUCUCCAAGCACAUCCGGAAUUUUUCCACAUAGCAAAGGAAGAACAAGAGAUGAUUGUUAAGAAUAUGCCACCAACACAAGAGGGUUUGACCUUGAAAGAGUAUAGGCAAAUGGAGUAUCUCUCCAAGGUGAUUGAUGAAACGCUUCGUUUGGUGACAUUUUCGCUCAUGACGUUCCGUGAAGCUAAAAAGGAUGUCGAUAUCAAAGGUUACUUCAUUCCUAAAGGAUGGAAAGUGUUGCUCUGGUUUAGGAGUGUUCACCAUAAUCCUGAACUUUAUCCCCAACCUAAAGAGUUUAAUCCAUCAAGAUGGGAUGAUCUUGUACCAAAGCCAGGAACUUUUCUUCCAUUUGGAGCAGGAAGUAGGCUUUGCCCUGGAAAUGACCUUGCCAAGCUAGAGAUUGCCAUCUUCCUCCACCAUUUUCUACUAAAUUAUGAGUUUGAAAGGGAAAAUCCAGAAUGCCCGAUUAUGUAUUUACCUCAUUCAAGGCCUAAAGACAAUUGCGUGGGAAGAGUUAGAAGGGUAUCCAAAUGAAAGAGGGUAGAUUUUGAAAUUAAAUAAAGUUUAAACAAAGUUAUACUGUAUUUUUUCUUUUGACUCAUAUGUUACAUUCCUCGGUGGAUUUUAGUAUUAGUUAAAAUAUUUCCGUAGUGUUGUCGUUUUAACCUUUUUGUCUUUCGUGGUGUAUAUUUUUCUAUCGUC